CACAGUUCCUACAAGUUAUCAAUCAUGGGUUGUCACCUGAUCUCCAGAAAAGGUUUUUGCAUGAGAUGGACUUAUUCUUCAAGACACCGGAAAGUGUACGGAAUGCUAUUCGCCGUCGCAGAGACAACUUUAGAGGUUACUUUGAUGACGAGUUCACAAAGAAGAAAAUCGACCACAAAAGGUGUUUUGACUUCGGUCCCGAGAAUACCACCACGGAUGUGUGCAGCGAUUUUGAUCAAGAAAACCAGUGGCCAGACCAGGAGAUGGUACCGCACUUUAAAAGCACCAUGAAAGAGUACUACGCUGAGAUGAGGCGAGUAUCUCUGAUCAUCAUCGACGCUUUGGUGAGUGCUAUGGGUAUGGAUACAGCAGAUUUCAGAGAGGCCGUUGGUGUGGACACAGACUCGUCUUUCCUUCGAUUGAAUUACUACCCACUCGCUCCUACAGACCAUACCAUUGGCGUGCACGAGCACAACGACGCCGGAUUGGUGACGCUUUUGUAUCAGGAUCAAGUGGGAGGUCUGCAGGUUCGACUCAACGAUGAAUGGGCCGAAAUACCCCCCAUCGCCGAUGCGCUUGUGCUCAACAUAGGUGACAUGAUGCAAAUCUUCACCAACGGACGGGUCAAGGCACCGUUACAUCGGGUCGUUGCGUCCAACACGAGCGAUCGAUUCUCGGCGCCGUAUUUCUUCAAUCCGUCGUAUACUUCCGAGUGCAGGCCACUCAAGCAGAUGUUCAGAGAAGGGGAGACCGACAAGUACGCGCCCAUCAACUGGGUGCACUUCAGGCGUCGGCGGGUGCUGGGCGAUAUGAUCAUAGAGGUAGAGCCUGAAGUACAGGUGACUGACUAUGAGACCGCAUAAUUGGCCCAGUGAUUCCAUUGGCGUUGUGUGCUGUGUAUAUCACGGGUCAAUGGGUCUGUGGAGCCGUUGACUGACUGCCAACCCAACGCGUGUGGUGUAGCCAGUAUUCAACUAUUAGGGCGGCUGCAUGCGGUCUGGUUCCCAUCAAACGCGGCUAUGGUGCAAGGUUGGGUAUGCCAAACAGCUACCCCCGGUGGGAUAUAUGUAUGAGUACGCCAUUUGCAAGCAGAGGCUGUGCACUGUAUGUAGUCCAAUUCGCACACAAUGUCUGGAUUAGAUUAUCUGGGGUCUCUAUGGUUUCGUAAAGCAAGCUAUAUUUAGAAGUGAUUAGUUGUCGCCAGUAUUGAUUGGUCUUUGCUACGUAGGUUCAUAGUAUGAGAAUACAAGAGCAAUUGAGGAGGUAAUGCACGAUGUGGAGGGAUCUUUAACAAAUAAACAUUGUUUAAGCCUUCGGUCGCGUGGUAUUGUUGCAGCGGAUUGUUUUGUACCGAACUCUUGGCACGUGACAUUUGGGACUCUUCUAGAUGGUGAGGAGUUGAGUUUCAUCUUAAUUGUAGGGUGGACGGGCUGAGGGCUUGGUGUCAACUGCAACACAUCACAUCACUAGGAACGAUUGGUUAGUACAGGAAAGUGAUAUAGGGAAUAAAACAGUCUCAAUACACAAG